AUGAGAUCCGCGUUAAUAUGCCUUUUCUUUGCGGUCAUUGUUCGGAAAGAAGUAACUCGCGCCGAACAACACGAUGACUUCAGACCUACACCGAUUCCACUAAAUACUUGGACGGGCGAGAACCAAGUACCAGCCGGUACCUUACAAGAGUUUAUUAAAACCGACUUACCACCGACAGUAGCCGUCAUACCUGCGCACUAUUGGGAAGAUGCCUUGAGACAUAGUGUGUACUUAACAAUGGUUCGAGACAAAAUAGAUCAGCUAAUAGAAAAAGGUGAGCUCAUAUCACCUAACAGUAAACCUGACGGUGAGGCAUCAAAAGAAGUUGAUGAUCAUGACCUAUGGGAAAAAAUUAAAGCAGCACCCUUCGAUAGAGUUAAAGAGGAGCCUCUUCCACCUAGUGAUUCUAUAAUAUUAGCUAGAGGCAGGCUGCUCGAAGAGAAAGACGGAUACCGUUUUGCGGAGGGAGAUCUAUCACCCCAAAAGUGCAGCAAAAAUAACUGUACGCAUAAUGUCAAAGCAUACUGGUCUGUCAAGAGAACAAGGCAAGGAGAGACGUCUCCCGGAAAAUAUCACUAUGAGUUGACAUUUUCAGUGACGUCGCAGUCAACGAAAGCAUUAAGAAAAAAAUACGAGAAUCCAGUAAGAACAUUUACAAUUAGAGAGAAUGCCCCAGCGGAGCGGCCCUUGCCACAAUCAUAUCAUAAUCAAGGAACCCCGAUUCAGCAUGGGCGAGUUCAACGUGCCGUAUGGGUCCAUAAAAACAUAGGUCCAUCUCCAAAUUCUCAAAAAAGGCCAGAAAAUGGCCUUGGUUUAGAUAGACUUUUCUCGUCUUUAUUUUCGGAUGAAGAUAAUUACGAUGAUUCUUCAUACCGACUGAAAUCAAAUGCUUAUAUUCCACAAGCAUAUCAGAUUCCUAAACAUGCAAAAAUAAGUCGAUAUAGCGAACGAGAACCAUAUCAUCAAAAAAAAAUAAACACUUAUCCUAUAAAACCACCCUCAUUUAGAUACCCUCGUCCUCCCCUUCAACCUCCGCCUUUAUCUUAUACGCCACAUUCAUACUUUGACGUGAAUUAUGAUUCUAUUAGUCACUUACCCGUUGAUCCUGAUAACAGACCUGUACCCUCCACCUCUGUUAAAACCACGAAACCAGCUGUUUUACCUACACCAAUAUCAAAAAUCGAAUUGGUAAAAGACUCUAAAAUGGACGAGCCGUUAAAAACUACACUAGAUGUCAUAGAUUACACGACUAAAGACCCAGAAAUAACAUCUACUACUUACAAAGUAUAUACUCAUAAACAAACGUCGAUGAAAGUAAAUUAUCUCCCAGAAAACAUAAGACAUCCAAUUUACAACGCUCCCCCAGGAGUUUUCGUUACAAUGGAUAAGAAGCCUUUUAAACCGAUGCCACCAUUAAAAUCUAUACUUUCUAAACCACAUAAAACUGUCCCUUUAGAUUUCAGGCCGAGCCCUCAAAUACUUGAUACUUCAUAUACUAAUACAGAUUCCACAGCUGACUCCGCAUUUAGACCCAUGACCCUGAACUUAACAGAAUUAUUUAAUAUGAACAAGAAAGGUCCUAAAAACCAACGCAAGCCGGUUACGGGUAAGAACCCACCGAAAAAGCCGAAUAACAUCAAAGCGACUCGCCUCACAACAGUCUCACCAGAUAUAAUUACCGCAAAUUCAGAGGAAGGAAACGACGAGAUACGCUGGGCUGAAAUUUUAGCUGCAUUUACUAGAACUACUCCGAUGGAAUCACAAAAAGAAAAAGAAAUUAUUUCUGAAAAUGAUUUCAUCAUAAUGACUACAGCAGCUCCAAGAACAACCACAGAGCAAUAUAAAGAAGAACCUACAACUACAAGUACAACAACAACAAGUACUACUACCACCACAACAACGGCUAAACCUAAACGGACACGCCCGCCACCAAAAUUUAAGAAACCAGAAAAAAAUAAAAAACAUAAGCGAGUCACUUCUACUACAACAAGCACUACUACAACUGCCAGGCCGACGAUGAUAUACCCUAAAAAUGAAAUCACCAGUGAUUUAACGCCUCAAGCCAGCUCUGCAACAACUAAUGGAGCUAACUCUGUACGGGAAUCUGAGCCAAUAGGAGCCCCUACAAGUACUAGUUCGACUACGGCUAUUAUGACAUCUACAUCCACAAGCGCUAGUACGAUAGCAACUACGACACAGACUUUGGCAACUACAAAAAACUCCAUCACCAGUACCACCACAACUACCCCGAGUGCUAAGGUAAAAGGUGAACCUGUAGUUGUACCCACAGAGAUAAAGAGUAAAAACCGAUUUAGGCAAUCUAUGUUAAUGCAAAAGGGCACAUCUUUAAAUCACGACAAGUGGUCGGUGUCUACAACGGAAAAGAAUAGAACGACUGCCGUCAAACCGAGCUCAUACAAUCUCAGAAGAAAAGCAUCGAAAUUUCAAGGAUAUGUUCCUCCAAGUACUCCUUUAAGUAGCACGACAUCACUAAGUAGCGAAAACAUUCAAGUGAAAACACCAGUUUCUACAGAACCAACCGUUAAAGAUACCAACACAAGCAAAGAAUAUGUCGUGAAAGAUAGCAUUGAGAUGGAAAUGGAACAAGCAUUAAAACCUAACGAUGUCCAAGGGACUAAAGAUAGCAAUGAGUUCAUAUUUCCAAUCUCUCCUAGUAGUGAUAAUAAUUCUGAAAAAAAUUCUGAAAAUCCUGGCCAACAUUCUAAAACUAAUCAGACUGUAACGUCACAAAUUACAGUGGAAAAUAAUAAAACCAAAUGUAAAAAGAAGAAACAACAAAUUCUCACGACAACAGAAAUUUUAAAACCCUAUAGUGAAGUAGACACUACUACAAUUACUAUUCGUACUAGCAGUAUAAAAGCCACUUCUUCAACAAUUAGUGCUGAUAGGGCAGAUUUAUAUAAUGAACUCCUCGGAGGUUUUACAAUGGAUGACAUUACUGAACAAACAGAAGCAAAUAUGUCUACUACAAUUGCUCCUGAUGAACCUAAAGAAAUCGAAAGUGUUCUUCCCGAAGAAGUCUUCCAAAUAGAUGACGAUAUCGAAACCUUACUCAAUUCUCUACAACAGACACAUGACAAAAAUAGUGAUGAUGAUGAUGAGUACGAGGAAGAAAAUGAUGAUGAAGAUUCUCCGUUGAGAUAUGAUGAAGACGGUAGAGAUGUACAUGAAGAUUAUUAUGACGAAACCGAAACUGGAGAAAGUCAAGAACGGCCAUUUAACAUACUAGAAUUAAUGGCUAUGAAAUAG